UAGAAUUUGUAGACUCAGCAGAGAUUAUUGAGGAAGCACGCAAAAAGAUCACACUCGAGUCAUCUCCAAACAAUGUCAUUAACGAAGACCUUUACCUCGACUACCGUUUUGAUGAUAAUUUUCAGGAAAAGAGGUACAUAAAGCAUGUUGUUGAUGAUGAAGACCUCUCAAGGGCUCAAACAGUUCAGAAUGACUGUAAAUCACAAGAGAAAAUAAUGAAAGAAUCCGGUUCGGAAAAAAAUCUGAAGUUGCAUGAGAAUGAGCCUCUACUUCCUGAACCAAGGAGAGACCUUCUUGGAGGUACCUUAAACUCAAAGCUUAAAAAAGGCCGGGUUAAAACUAGGAAGCAAAGUUAUGAAGAACCACAUUCUGAUGUAAUCUAUCCUAAGAUUUUAAAUCAAAAGUCUUCUAAGCCUAAUAAGAAGGAGAGGUUGAAGCUGGAAGUUGAGCGAAAAGGCUAUCUCAAACAUAUUAAAAACCUCAGGCUUGCGCAUAAGGUGACCUUGAAAUAACGAAAAGUUUCUCACAAUGACGAAGCUAGAAGAAAUCGUGUCGCAGAAGCUAGCAGCUUAUGAAAAAGGAAUCACUAAAAUUUUGAACAAGUUUAUAACCCAUUUUGAGCUGCUCAAUACUAAGAUUAACAGGCUUAAUAAAGAUGUGAAGAGAUAUGCAAAAUUCAUCAGAAAGUAUGAGUUAAAUAUGCUGGAAACUAUCAUAAUUCAUGGUGGAAAUGAGCUAGAGAUCCCUCAGUACCUCUACAAACCUCAGAUGCAAAUUUUAGAAAAAGACCAGGGGUUCAGACCGAUGGAAUGGCUGAUCAAAGACUGACUCAAAUCUAACAUGCUACAAAUAGAAACUCAAGACAAAGGGAUCCAAGCCCAUCUCGAUAAUUCUGAGGAAGUAAUUCAAGAACUUCAGAAGGAGAUAGCCCUCAAAGAUGGCAAGAUUAAGUUUCUCCAAAACCAGCUCAGCUUAAGCACUCAUGAACUCGAGGAGAGUUAUAAGAAGCGGGAGCAAGAGCUCAUUGUAAAAUACGAGAAGUACAUCAGUAGCCUCAAAUCCGACAAAAGUCAAUUAAUCCACGAGUUAAAGAACGUUAAGACUAUUUUUAAGAAACCUUAUCUUUACAACAAAUAUUUCGCAAACGGGUUCACUGAUUUCGCAAGUAUUGAAGCUAUCCAAGACAAAAUGAACGAGAAUAGUCUCAUGCACAAGUUGAGAGAAGAACAUUCUGAAGCUGAGGAAGUCAAACCUAGAGUGUUCAAGCUUAACAGGAAGAAAGUGAAGAGGCAAAAAGCUAAUAUUUUUGAAGACAUUUUGGAACAGGCUUAUGAGCCUGAAACUUCCACUCCUCAUAAAAUUCAUGAUAAGGCUACUGUAAUUGUCCGAAGAGGCAAGCUGGUAGCUGAGAGUAUUUCCAACGUGAAUGCUAAUAAGAGCAGAAAUAACCACAAUCAGGGGUUGCUUCCGAAGACUCAAGUGCAGACAAAACAGAACUCUUUGAUGAACAUUUUGCAUCAGAAGCAUCACCGAAUUAGAAAGCGGAAAUCUAAGAAGAGAGAGUCUAUAAACGUAGAUCAAGCUCAUUCAUCGUUUAAUUACUAUGAGGAUGAUCUCAACCAUCUCUUACCAAAUAAGGUUAAGGGUAAAAGAAAUAUGAGAGUUUUUACAAACUCGUCAAGCCCUACAGACUCUAAGAUGACAAAUACUAAGGAUGAGACUACAUACUCUACUCAUGAGAGGAUGUGCAGGACUCUUUCAAAGGAAAUGGACAGACCAAUGACUUCAAAGAAGUUCAGAGAGAAAAAGUUAUCUAAACUUAAUACAAAUGGGAGCGAAAUUAUCAUUCAAAAUAAUGAUCGUUGUUCUAAUGAUUUUAUUAUUAAAAUUGGCAAUUCUCCUCUUAUAAAAAAUCAGAUCAGAAAGAAAGUAUAUUCAUCAAUUAAGGGGAGUAAGCAGAGGAGUUUUGAGCUAAGCCAAAUGAAGAUAUAG